AUGUAUCAACAAUCUAAACAUUUCGAUUUAAUAUUUAUUUCAUUAGUAACAUAUUUUGGUUUUAGUCAAACAUGUUUACUUUUCUUUGCACAAUUGAGUCAAGGACAAUUACGGGUUGUACCAACUAUUGCUAAUGCAAAAGUUUACUAUUUCGGAAAUAGAAGUUUUAGUGCUCUAAAAUUCUUCAAUCGCUCAAAUGAAGCUGUAUAUCCCAUAUGGAAUACAAUAGCAGGUGGCAAUAGUUCACCAACAUGGACUAGUGAAAUUGAAGGUAUAUAUAAUAUUGCUGAUUCUCCAGACGUUGUAUUCGAUAAUGAUCUGACAACCGAAUAUACCAAUUGUGGAAGCUGUAGUAGUGGUUCCUCAUCUAUGUUGAUAACAUGCGGCGAAAAUACUGGUUGGUAUUUAUCAUUAGGCAAUCGCUUCUUCAGCCUAGUGGCAUUUUAUAUAGGCACGAAUACGAAGUAUCCACAACGUGAUCCAUUGACAAUCACUAUUGAAGGGAGUAAUCUACAAAGAGAUGAACUUAUCUUUGGAUGGAGCUGGACGUUAAUCUAUAAUGAUAGUACGGGACUUGUAUCAAAUCCAGGAAGAUCAACAUUCGGAGUAUUGCAAAUAAUCCCACAGUUUCCAUUACCAUAUGCAAAUUAUCGUGUUCUGAUAACUUCAAAGAGAGGUAUUGAUACUUGUACAUCAUAUACAGAAUUUAUGAUGAUUGGUUAUUAA